UUUUUGCAAGCUGAAAGAUAAUCGACAGAAGCUAACUAGAAAUAUGUUCUAGAUCCAAUUUCAGCUGAAGGAGGCUGUACUCUUGCCGAAUAUGAUCAUCUAAACGAUUUUUAUAAUCAUGAGAACCGGCGUAAAAAUGUCCGCCUUCAAGUCCCUUUUUUUAGGCUGAGUUUCGGUGCACUGGUCUCAAUUAAUGCUAUUGAUGCUAAUUAGACGUGUCGAUAACUCUAGUUGACACAUGUUAGUAGUGUCAAUAGCUUCUUGGUAACACCAAGCGGUGAUGUUAAUAGCCAUUCCGCACUAUUUUCCGGACAUGGACAUCAGACAUUUUUUUAUACGACCCUAUACUUUCGCUCAAGGGAAAAAGAAAAUGAAAUUAAACUAAAGUUUUUCGUUACACCGUUAUUUACUUCAGAUGGAAAUAGAAAGGCCCAAAACGAAAAAAAACUCAAAAAGUGAUAGAAUCACAAUCUAAUACAACUGUGCAACCACCAUUUUGGAUUGACAAUACUCAUUUUAUUGGAUUGUUACGUACAAGAUUAUAUCAAUAUUCAACACAACAACAGAGCACAGUUGAACAAACUAGUUUAUAUAAAAAUUUAUAUGAAAGAUUGCAAGAUUUAAAAUCUAUUGAAAAUCAGAAUAGUGAAAUAUUAUUUGAUAAAUAUGAAUCAUUAUUAAAGGAUUUCAUUUAUAAAACAUCACAAGGUACUGAAUAUCUUCCAAAAUGUAGUGAAUUAAUACUGCAAUUAGCUGAAAAAGUUUCAUCGUCAAAUGACAUAAAUCAGUUGCACAAACAAUCAAAUAUGCAAGUAAAAUUAUUAACAAGCAUGGUCCUAGGUUUAUUAACUACAGCUCAACAAAUAAAACAAGAUCAAUUUUGUAUGAAUAAAGUAUUGGAUCAGGUAUUGCAAAUGGUUGUUGAUAUGGAUUUAAAAACAACAUUUACAAAUAAUAAUAUUCAUAUAUCAAAACCGUUAACUGUAUUAGCCAAAUUAUUCACUGAUGAUAAUAUACUUCAUUAUUAUUUACAUAAUGCACAAAUAAAUAAUUUACUAUCACCACCUUUCGGUCCUCCGUUGUCACCAUCCGAUCCACCGCCCAACAAUAACAAUAACAACAACAACAGCUUAAUAUUAAUGUUUUUAUUAGAAUUAUUUAUUUUAUUUUGCGAAUUAUAUCCUGAAAUAUGUGAAGGUUCGCAGCUAACCCAGCAUUGCACACUUUAUGCGCAUGAUAAAAGUUUCGUAUCACAAGAACAAUUACUAAAUCAAACACAAACUUUUAAUGUUCGGAUUGAUAAACAAAAUGCUAAUUCUGUCGGCGAUGUUUGA